CAGCUGAUCGCGUUUCGUUAUUUCGUUACAAAUAAGACUGACGUAAGUCAACCUAUCAUAUAAAUCGGUACUUUCUUACCGAUUAUUAAAAAUAUGGGAAAUAAGAAGAAUUAAGAAUAAUCUAUAUCGUAAAUUAAUACAAAAUAUUAGAAUUUAUUUUAUUUAUCAUUUAUACUCUUCAAGAAAAGGUUAAGCUAACACGCAUAAAUUUGAACAAUACGUGAAGAAUUAUCAAAAAUAUUAUAUCAUAUUUCUAGAUAUGAUAUAAAUACAAUAAAAGUACUGACUUAAGAAAUACGAUGGGGCAAACUUUAUGCGAACCAGUAACAACUAAAAAGUCAGCAUGUUGUAGAGAUUCCAAUUAUCGCGUGGGUAGUUCUUGUAUGCAAGGAUGGCGUAUUAAAAUGGAAGAUUGCCAUGUGCAUAUUCUCUCUCUUCCAGAUGACCCAGGCACUGCUUUUUUUGCAGUAUAUGAUGGUCAUGGAGGUGCGGCGAUAGCUCAACAUGCUGGAAAAUAUCUUCAUGAAUAUAUCACCAAGCGAAGUGAGUAUAAAACAGGAAAUAUUGUCCAGGCUAUGCAACGAGGUUUCUUGGAAUUGGAUAAGGCAAUGCAAAAUGAUACGGUACUUAGAGAAGAACAAUCAGGAACUACUGUUAUUGCACUACUUAUUAAAGAUAAUAUUUUGUAUAGUGCUAAUGCAGGUGAUAGCAGAGCAGUGGCAAGCAUUAAUGGAAAUGCAGUCCCACUUAGUCGAGAUCAUAAACCUACAUUGAAAGACGAACGUGAUAGAAUCGAGGCUGCAGGUGGUUGGGUCGAAUUCAAUCGCGUUAAUGGUCACCUUGCCCUAUCCCGUGCUCUUGGAGACUUUAUGUUUAAACGUAACAAUCAUAUGUCACCUCAGAAACAAAUUGUAACAGCUUUUCCUGAGGUACAACAAUUUACUAUAACCGAAGAUUGGGAAUUUGUUGUCUUAGCUUGUGAUGGAAUUUGGGAUGUUAUGACGAGCGAGGAAGUAGUAAAUUUUGUAAAAACUCGUUUAGCUUGGUCAAAAUUCGUAGGAACCGAAAUGGAAGGUGUUAUGGAUCCUGAAGAAAUAUGCGAAGAAUUAAUGAAUUGCUGUCUUGCACCAGAUGCUUUAAUGGGUACUGGUUGCGACAAUAUGACAGUUGUACUAGUAUGCUUUCUUCAUGGAAAGCCAUAUUCGCACCUUAUUUCACGUUGUCAAAAAUCUAGUACAAAUUCUUAGUCAUUAUA